UUCCUCUCCUCCUCCAGGAACAAAUUUCCAAUUCCCUUCACCAAAUUGUUCCCAAAUCUCCUUCUCCACCAAACCCUAGCUAGAUCUCGACAUCUCUCGCUCUCUCUCAUCAGCUUCGAAUUUAGCAUCAAUGGAGGUCAUCGCAUCGCAGAUCAACGGGCGCGAGGAGAACAAUGUCUACGCCAUCAACGGUGGAGGGCUCGAGAAGCUUUGCGAAUCUCCGACGGCGGAUCCGUUGAACUGGGGAGUGGCGGCGGAGCAGAUGAAGGGGAGCCAUCUUGAUGAGGUGAAGAGGAUGGUGGAGGAGCACCGGAGGCCGGUUGUGAGGCUCGGCGGCGAGACACUGACGAUCGGUCAGGUCGCGGCGAUCGCUUCCGCCGUGGACGGCGUGAAGGUUGAGCUGUCGGAGGCGGCGAGGGCCGGGGUGAAGGCGAGUAGCGACUGGGUGAUGGAGAGCAUGAACAAAGGUACCGACAGUUAUGGUGUCACUACUGGAUUCGGGGCUACUUCUCACCGAAGGACCAAAAAUGGCGUCGCACUCCAGAAGGAGCUCAUCAGAUUCUUGAACGCCGGAAUAUUCGGUAGCGCGACGGAGAAAAGCCACACACUCCCUCAGUCCACCACGAGAGCCGCCAUGCUCGUACGGAUCAACACUCUCCUUCAAGGAUACUCCGGAAUCCGAUUCGAGAUCCUCGAAGCCAUAACCAGUCUCCUCAACCACAACAUCGCUCCUUGUCUCCCUCUUCGCGGCACCAUCACGGCCUCCGGCGAUCUCGUCCCUCUCUCCUACAUCGCCGGACUCCUCACCGGCCGUCCAAAUUCAAAGGCCACCGGUCCCAACGGUGAAACCCUAACCGCCGAGGAGGCCUUCAGAUCCGCUGGAAUCACCUCUGGUUUCUUUGAUCUCCAACCGAAGGAAGGUCUGGCGCUCGUCAAUGGCACCGCCGUUGGAUCUGGCUUGGCGUCGAUGGUGUUGUUCGAUGCGAAUGUUCUCGCCGUUUUAUCGGAGGUUUUGUCGGCGAUCUUCGCUGAGGUGAUGACCGGAAAACCUGAAUUCACCGAUCAUCUGACUCACAAGCUGAAGCAUCACCCUGGCCAGAUCGAAGCGGCGGCGAUCAUGGAACACAUCCUCGAUGGGAGCUCGUACAUGAAACUUGCUCAGAAGAUUCACGAGAUGGAUCCAUUACAGAAGCCGAAACAAGACCGUUACGCUCUCCGUACAUCUCCACAGUGGCUCGGCCCUCAGAUCGAAGUGAUUCGUCAUGCGACGAAAUCGAUCGAGCGCGAGAUCAACUCUGUCAACGACAACCCCUUAAUCGACGUCUCCAGGAACAAGGCGCUUCACGGAGGGAACUUCCAGGGAACACCAAUCGGAGUUUCCAUGGACAACACUCGUCUCGCCAUCGCUGCAAUCGGGAAACUCAUGUUCGCUCAAUUCUCCGAGCUCGUCAAUGAUUUCUACAACAACGGGCUCCCUUCCAAUCUGACAGCGGGAAGAAACCCUAGCCUGGAUUACGGAUUCAAAGGAGCUGAAAUCGCCAUGGCUUCCUACUGCUCCGAGCUUCAAUACCUCGCGAACCCCGUCACCAGCCAUGUUCAAUCCGCAGAGCAACACAACCAAGACGUGAACUCCCUCGGAUUGAUCUCAUCUCGCAAAACCGCGGAAUCUGUGGAGAUUCUAAAGCUCAUGUCAACAACAUUCCUCGUCGCCUUGUGCCAAGCUGUGGAUUUAAGGCACUUGGAAGAGAAUCUGAAACAAACCGUGAAGAACACGGUUUCACAAGUAGCCAAGAAAGUGCUAACCACCGGAAUCAAUGGGGAACUCCACCCAUCUCGCUUCUGCGAGAAGGAUUUACUCAAGGUCGUGGACCGAGAACACGUCUUCACCUAUGCAGACGACCCUUGCAGUGCGACAUACCCUCUAAUCCAGAAACUGAGACAAACCCUGGUGGACCACGCAUUGUCCAACGGUGAAAACGAGAAGAACGUGUUGACAUCGAUCUUCCACAAGAUCGGAGCUUUCGAGGAGGAGAUCAAGAUGGUGUUACCGAAAGAAGUGGACGCCGUUAGAGCAGCCUACGAGAAGGGGACGAUGACAAUACCGAACAGGAUCAAGGAAUGCAGAUCUUAUCCCUUGUACCGAUUCGUGAGGGAAGAGUUAGGGACGGAGUUGCUCACGGGAGAGAAAGUCCGGUCACCGGGAGAGGAAUUCGAUAAGGUUUUCACGGCCAUGUGCCAAGGGAAGAUCAUUGAUCCUAUGUUGGAGUGUCUCAACCAGUGGAACGGAGCUCCUAUUCCUAUAUGUUAGGAACACAAAAUUUUAUGGGUUUUUUUUUGUUUAUAUAUAUGUAUGUGAUGAAAUUGAAUAACGGUUAUGAUAUGUAUCAUUUAAAUUUAUGUGUAACAUAUUGUAAGUCUCUAUAGUAAGAAACUUUUCCCCAUGUUAAAUCUGAAGAUUUUUUAUA